AAGAGAUCAACGCCGAGCACGAGCAGGAAAAAAAUCGGAGCAGAGGCAGCACACAGGUUGGCGCAAGAAGCCGCCGGUCCUUUAUCCCCCAAUCGCCACCGCAUUCCGCGCCCUGAUCGACUCGGCGGCGAUGGCGGCAGAGAAGCCGGCUCCGGUGCGGGUGCUCUACUGCGGCGUCUGCGGCCUCCCGGCCGAGUACUGCGAGUUCGGCCCCGACUUCGAGCGCUGCAAGCCCUGGCUCCGCGCCCACGCGCCCGGCGUCUACCCUGACGAACUCGUCGCCUCCUCCUCCUCCAGCGGCGGCGACAAGGACGUCGAGAAGGUCGGGGAGCGCCUCCAGGGCGUCGGGAUCUCUGACGCCUCCUCCAGCGCCGCAGGGGAUGCUUCCGCAUCUAAGCAGGAAGAGGUGAAACGCCUGCCCGGUGGAAAGAUCAAGAAAAAGGAGAAGCGAGAGGUUGUGAUCGAGAAGAUUGUCCGCAACAAGCGAAAAUGUGUUACUGUGGUGAAAGGCCUUGAAUUGUUUGGUGUAAAACUGAGUGACGCUUCAAAGAAGCUUGGGAAGAAGUUUGCAACUGGAGCUUCUGUUGUUAAGGGCCCAACUGAGAAGGAGCAAAUUGACGUGCAAGGGGACAUAUCAUAUGAUAUUGUGGAGUUUAUUACAGAUACAUGGCCUGAUGUACCUGAGUCGGCCAUUUUUUUCAUUGAAGACGGAAGGAAGGUUGCUGCUGCUUGAUGUUAUAUGGUUUACAAGGCACAAUACCAGUGGAUUUACAAAUAUAAUAGAGAGAUAAGGCAAGAGCAUGGCUGUUAAGGCAUGUAUCUCCCAUGAGUUCAUCUCUGGUCCGAAGUCAUUAUCUGUUUCAAUUUCUAGGCUUAAUUCACAAGUGGUGUUUUAUUUACCACUAGCACCUUGUUUCCAUGUAUCCACUUUAUACGGGGAAUUUAAAUAUUUGCCACCCUACCGGAUGGUGCAUGGCCAAACGCCAUCCUCCCUAAUUUCCUGCAAGUGAGUGAUAAGCAUUUGUGUCGUUAUGUUGUCUGAAAA